AUGGAGGACAGGCAUCUCCAGUUCGAGGCUAACGGGCUAGGAGAAAUCGCGCCUCAGGGUAGCGGGGAACGGUCGGGGAAAGCGGAAAGGUCUCGCGCGACCCCGACUACAAAGCCCCGCCCUACCUCUGGCUGGUGCACUUCCGCCCCGCUGCCAGUCACUUCAGACGAUAACUUUCUGGCACCUAAGAGGCUUAACCGUCUACAUCUGGAAGGAGUGACUCUGGGGCAGCCACAUCUAUCUCGCCAGGAUUUGACCACCUUGGAUGUUACCAAGUUGACUCCGCUUUCACAUGAAGUUAUCAGCAGACAAGCCACGAUCAAUAUAGGUACAAUUGGUCAUGUAGCACACGGAAAGUCAACAGUAGUAAAAGCUAUUUCUGGAGUUCACACUGUCCGAUUCAAAAAUGAGCUGGAAAGAAAUAUUACCAUUAAAUUGGGAUAUGCUAAUGCUAAGAUUUACAAACUUGAUGACCCAAGUUGUUCUCGGCCAGAAUGUUACAGAUCUUGUGGAAGUAGCACACCUGAUGAAUUUCCUACAGACAUUCCAGGAACUAAAGGAAACUUCAAAUUAGUCAGACAUGUCUCCUUUGUGGAUUGUCCUGGUCACGAUAUUUUGAUGGCUACUAUGCUGAACGGUGCAGCAGUCAUGGAUGCAGCUCUGUUAUUAAUAGCUGGCAAUGAGUCUUGUCCUCAACCUCAGACUUCUGAGCAUCUAGCAGCCAUUGAAAUCAUGAAAUUAAAGCACAUUCUGAUUCUACAGAAUAAGAUUGAUUUGGUGAAGGAAAGUCAGGCUAAGGAACAAUAUGAACAAAUCCUUGCAUUUGUACAAGGUACAGUUGCAGAGGGAGCUCCUAUUAUUCCAAUUUCUGCUCAGCUGAAGUAUAAUAUUGAAGUUGUUUGUGAAUACAUAGUAAAGAAAAUUCCAGUACCCCCAAGAGACUUUACUUCAGAACCCAGACUUAUUGUUAUUCGGUCUUUUGACGUCAACAAGCCUGGUUGUGAAGUUGAUGACCUUAAGGGUGGUGUGGCUGGUGGUAGUAUUCUCAAAGGAGUAUUAAAGGUGGGGCAGGAGUUGGAGGUCAGGCCUGGCAUUGUCUCUAAAGAUAGUGAAGGGAAACUCAUGUGUAAGCCAAUCUUUUCCAAAAUUGUAUCACUUUUUGCAGAGCAUAAUGACCUGCAGUAUGCUGCUCCUGGAGGCCUUAUUGGGGUUGGAACAAAAAUUGAUCCAACUUUGUGCCGAGCUGACAGAAUGGUGGGACAGGUUCUUGGUGCAGUUGGAGCAUUGCCUGAAAUCUUCACAGAAUUGGAAAUUUCCUAUUUCCUGCUUAGAAGACUUUUAGGAGUGCGUACCGAAGGAGACAAAAAAGCAGCAAAAGUGCAAAAAUUGUCCAAGAAUGAAGUGCUCAUGGUGAACAUAGGCUCCUUGUCUACUGGAGGAAGAGUCAGUGCAGUAAAGGCUGAUUUAGGCAAAAUUGUUCUUACUAACCCUGUCUGCACAGAAAUCGGAGAAAAAAUUGCCCUUAGUCGAAGAGUUGAGAAACAUUGGCGUUUGAUUGGCUGGGGUCAGAUAAGAAGAGGAGUUACAAUCAAGCCAACGGUAGAUGAUGAUUAAAGAACUACCACUUGAAUGCCUAACUUUGGCUGAAGAGAAAGAUUCCAUUUAAAUCUAGGGGUAUAUUUUCAGAGCAAUAAUGGGGAAUUAAUUUUUCAGCUCAUUACAUUUAGUAAACGCUGGUUAGUUUUCUCAUUUCUUGUGAUGAAAAUUUAACCUCUGGUAUUAAAAUACUAGUCAGUGUCUGCAAUAAGUGUAAAAAUUGGCAUAAUGGUGGAUUUGUUCCACAUUUUAGCAGAAAUUAAUCAUUCUCAUACUACAUGUCUAAUUUAUACAUCAGUGCAGGUUUGAAAUUAAUAAACAAUGCAGGUUUGAAAUUAAGAUAUGUUUACAACAGUCAAAACAGCUUUAUUGUCAUACAUUUAACAAAACUGUUUGAAAUAAAGUUUUUCUUAUUUUUUCAUUGUUCCUUUGAAUAGCCCAGGCCUCAAAAAUUGUUUAGACAGUAAAAUGCUUAAAAGAAAUAAAA